GGACCCGAACGGAAGGGGACGUACAGGAAAGGAAAGGGCCACACAUACACGUCACGGGGGAACCAGAAAAAUACUGAGCAAUGUUUAAUUCUCACAAUCAUUUAUUCGCCCCCAGCUUCCGUGGACGUCCGUGAAGCGUUCACACGUUCAGGCGCAACUUCGUCUCCUGAGCGAUCGGCGAGCGCUGGGUGUCGUAGCGUCGCCGCCAGCAGGGGACGGCUGACACUGUCACGCAGCCGCUCAACUUCCCGUCAAGACACGGGCGCAGACGAAGCGAGCCGCUGCCACCGACAGAGAGGGGAACGACACCGGGGUCGUCGGACGACGUGGACGCGCCGCGGCUUCUGGGCGUUGAAACGGUGCCAUUGUCCUGCCGUCGCGGGCGAGUAGGAACAGGUCGGCUGCUCUGCUAAUUAGCCUGCGCGGGUCCCCGCGGAGAGACGGAGCGGCGCGGCUAGCUGCAGCGGGGAGCAGCUCGCACCGACUGUGAGGGACUUGUUUGAGCCACGGUCGGGGCGUUCGUCCAGCGAGCCGAUGUUGGGUUUGCCGAUGGGAGCCUUCACGCGAUAGUCCCCCCUCCCUCCAUUCCUCCUCCUCCCCCCCGUCGGACCCUGGCUCGGAUUCGCCGCUCGGGCGCUGUCCUCGCCCGGCGGUGCCGGAUCACCCUCGCCAGGUCCAGCUAACUGUAGCCGACGGUUCGGUCCCCCUGACCCCUGCCCUCUCCUCGCCUCUCUGUCGCUCUGGCCGACCCUAGCCGAGCCCGAACAUGGCAGGGAACCUGAAGAAAGGCGGGGGGCUCAUUGGGAUGAUGAAGGAUGCCUUCCAGCCACACCAUCACCACCUCCACUCCCAUCAUCAGCCCGGGACCGUGGACAAAAAGACGGUGGAGAAAUGCUGGAAAAUGAUGGACAAGGUGGUACGUUUGUGCCAAAACCCCAAAUUGGCCCUGAAGAACAGCCCCCCUUACAUCCUGGAUCUGCUGCCAGACACCUACCAGCACCUGCGUACCAUCUUGUCACGCUACGAGGGCAAAAUGGAAACUCUGGGGGAAAACGAGUACUUCCGGGUCUUCAUGGAGAACCUGGCCAAGAAAACAAAGCAGACCAGCAGCUUGUUCAAGGAGGGCAAGGAACGCAUGUAUGAAGAGAACUCCCAACCCAGGCGGAACCUUACCAAGCUAUCGCUGAUCUUUAGCCACAUGUUGGCUGAGCUGAAGGCCAUCUUCCCCAACGGCCUGUUCCAGGGCGACAAUUUCCGGAUCACCAAGGCGGAUGCUGCAGAGUUCUGGAGACGAGCCUUCGGGGACAAGACCAUUGUGUCUUGGAAGGUGUUUCGUCAGUCUCUCCAUGAGUUUCACCCCAUCAGCUCAGGACUGGAAGCCAUGGCCCUCAAGUCCACUAUAGAUCUCACCUGCAACGACUACAUCUCCGUCUUUGAGUUUGACAUCUUCACCAGGCUAUUCCAGCCUUGGUCGUCUCUGCUGCGGAACUGGAACAGCUUGGCAGUUACACACCCUGGGUACAUGGCCUUCCUCACCUACGAUGAGGUCAAAGCACGACUGCAGAAGUUCAUUCACAAGCCUGGAAGUUACAUCUUUCGACUGAGCUGCACGCGGCUGGGCCAGUGGGCCAUCGGUUAUGUGACAGCAGAUGGAAACAUACUCCAGACCAUACCCCACAAUAAACCCCUCUUCCAGGCCCUCAUAGAUGGCUUCAGAGAAGGAUUCUACUUGUUCCCCGAUGGCCGGACCCAAAACCCCGACCUGACAGGACUCUGUGAGCCUUCGCCUCAAGACCACAUCAAAGUCACACAGGAGCAAUAUGAGCUGUACUGUGAGAUGGGCUCUACUUUUCAGCUAUGUAAGAUCUGUGCUGAGAACGACAAGGAUGUGAAGAUUGAGCCCUGUGGUCAUCUCAUGUGCACUUCCUGCCUUACUUCCUGGCAGGAGUCGGAAGGUCAGGGAACGGGAUGCCCCUUCUGUCGCUGUGAAAUCAAGGGUACCGAGCCCAUCGUGGUGGAUCCGUUUGACCCUAAGGACAACAGCGGGGGCUCUUGUAGAAGCGCCUACGGGGCCGAGGGCGCUCCUUCACCUAGUUAUGACGACGACGAUGAUGACCGACUUGAAGAUCCCCACCUCAUGAUGAGCAAACUCGUACAAAAUAUAAAGGUGGAGCGUCCUCCAUCACCCAUGUCCAUGCCUCCGCAGUCCCCUCUUCCCCCUGUGCCACCUAGAUUAGACCUACUACCACAUAGGCCUCUGAACCCCCCCGGGGCCUCGAGUCCAGGGGUCACCUCUAAGGCAGCAUCUCAUCACAAAGACAAACCUCUUCCGCUCCCCCCUGCGUUGAGGGAUCUCCCUCCUCCCCCUCCCCCAGAUCGCCCGCCUGCGUCUGGAACAGCCUCUGAAGGACGGCUCCCGAGGCGGCCCUUACCCUGCACUCCUGGGGAGCCUACUCGCGAUAAGCUCCCUCCCACGCCUCCGAAUCGGCCCCUCACUGAGUGGAACUCCAGGCCCGUUCCCAAGGCUCCCACGUCAUCUUCCUCGUCCCCCUCCUCCUCAUCCACUCAAGUUUCCAAUCUGGGAGGGGACAUUCGAGCAGGUGUCAGGGAGCUCUCCAACCGCCACUCCCUGCCCCUGGCGUUGCCCUCUGCUCUGGACACCCGCUCAGAGUCACAGAAGAUGUCCCUCAGUCUGGACCAGCAGCUGAACUUUCCUGCAGUACCUGGUCAAGAUUAUGACAAUCCCAAGGUGAAGCCGUCGGUCUCAGCCAAUGCAAUCUAUGCAAUGGCAACCAGACCAACUGCAGCCCAGAGGCCUGUGACAGGAGAGGAGGCGCGUGACAGUGAGGAGGAGUCGGAGUACAUGAUCCCCAGCUCUCGUCCGGUCUUGCCCCCCAUUAACGCAGCGCCUAUCGGGGAGAUCCCGCAAGUCCCCCGUCCUCCACAGCCUCAGUCUGCAUCAGCACUCCAGACGCAAACACAAGUCUCCGCAGUCAGCUCACGGCUGACGUUGACUGAAUUAGAAGAUGGGCAACUAAUGUAUGAAGCCAUGUACAAUGUCCAGUCCAGAUCGCAACAAGCCAGGGAUUCAGACUAUUCAGAGUUGCCCCCUCUGGUGAUGUCCAACGGUCCCAGAGACCACUCCUCUGAGGACAAGGAAGAAGAGGACAUUGGCUAUGACUUCCCAAAACCCCGGCUGCCUCUGCCCCCAACCAGACGGACCCUUUCAGAAAUAGGAGGGUCUUCCUCAUCGUCGUCCUCCUCCUCAUGCUCAUCUUCCACUGCUGCUUUCAACAGGCUUUCUUUAGAUUCAGAUGCUGGCGCUGCAGCUUCAUUCUCAGAGUCGGGGGAAGCUCCGGAGCGACCUCCCAAGCCCCUGCCCAGACGAAUCAAUUCAGAGCGUCGGCCGAGCCCCGUCCCGCCCGUCCCCGCUCCACCCAGCGGCGGGGCGACCGGAGGAGAGGCCAACCCCCACGUCAGUAGCGAGAUCCAGCACCUCAUGAGUCAGGGCUACUCCCAGCACGACAUCCAGAAAGCACUGAUGAUUGCACAGGACAAUAUUGAAAUGGCCAAGAACAUCCUGCGUGAGUUUGUCUCCAUCCCCUCCACCGCCCAUAUUCUUACAUAGCACACUCCUCGUGCCGCGCUGUCACGUUGGCUCUGUCGCCCUAGCUUGGCCCAGCCUGGCUGGGCUGAGGCUGGCACCGGUCAGCCCGAAGCCCACUGCCUGCAGCGGUAGCUGUGGCGCCGGCUGGCCCCCUUUUACCCCUGUGGAUUUUUAACUGGCUGUUACUCCGGGGAGCUCACGGCAUCUCCGGAACUGUGCCCUGCACUCCAUACGCUUUCAACAGUGUCUGGCCUUCUUCGAACCUCUGCUGCCGGCCUUCUCUCUUUCAAGAACAUCUCCGUGGGAUUGACUCGGCACGUGUGGAGCGCCGACGGGACCGCCGCACGUUGCAAGACUUUGAACGAAAUCCUGAAAAGACAUUCUUACCUGUCAUGUCGAAGCCUCUUGCUGAAAAUGUAACCGACACCUCACAAAUAAAACUAAAAAUGUAUGUCUAUAUGAGAAUUUAAUAUAUGAGUAAAUAUAUAUAUUAAAUGUGUGUAAUAUAUACAGUACGUGCAUAUACAGUAUGUGAAAUGAAUUCAAGUGCUGAGGGGUCACUGUUGGUACAAGCCGUAUGGGUAGACGGGGACCAUUAAAGGGAGACGGGGCCCUUUCUGUCAGACUGAGGGGUGCCAGUGUGCAGGAGGUUGUCUGUCACCAGGACGUGAUUGUGAGCAGCAGCUUUGAAGACGUGCAGAGGAGCUUUGUCGUUCUGAAUUCAGUCUGUUAUGGCCUUUGAUUAACGUUGCUGCGGUACUUUCCUCCUUUUUCUUCGGGAAAAGGAGCGCUCGCUCUGUCGUGUCGUAUUUCUCGAAGUAGCAUGACGAUGGUGUGGGGUCUGGAAUCUGGCGGGGGUGUGCGUUGCAUAUGCGCGUGACUGUUCUGAGUGGGUGUGCAUGCAUGUAAGUCUGUGUGUGUCUGCCAGACCUAAAUAGGCCCUUGUUCCUGUACUACAUGAAUGUGGAAUUACAGCGCGUACGCCCGGACCCAUGCUCUGUAAACGUACUACUGCUCUAACUGGAGGCAGGGCUUAGUGUAGCUGUAGAGCCGGGCAGUGAGAUUAUUGGGGGAGGACGUACUAAUUGACGACCCCGCGGUGCCACACGGGCUAGUGCAGGGCGAUUCACGGCGGCUGGACGGCUUCCGUUCCGUCUUUAUCCAACUUCAUUGGCUGACUGGUUCGGGAUUCUGUCCUCAGCUCAGCCCAGUGAUGCCAAACAAAAAAAUGACUUUGGUAAUAUAUUAUUGUCAUAAAUAUUGUUAUUAAUUCAGAAGUGCUUCACUGCUGCUACUAUUGUUAGUGCUAAACGAUUAAGCCUUAAAUGUACAUUUGUGAAUACUGUGUUUAGCCGUCAUUCUGUUUCUUUGAAGUGACAGUAUCGUGUGUUUCUCUCCAGUUCAUAAUGUAGCAUGCUUGAAAGUACAAACGGCCUGUGAGCCUGCAGCCCUCGCAAGCUGUCCAUUCUGCAGUGUUUUAAAAUCUUUUUUUUUUUAUAAUAGAUACUAUGAUACUAUUAAGGGUAUCAUGGCAAGCAACGCUUUAGAUAAGGAACCCGGCCGUUUUGUGCUAGAUUGAAGCUUCGCUUUCGCAGCAGUUUCUGUUCUCUGUGGGUGUUCGCCCAGUAGAAGGGGGGAGAGUGCUGAGGCGUUUCAAGAAGUAGGCUCACGGGUUUGCUGGCCCAACCCCAAGCCUACGCCGAAUCAGUAUUUGGGCCGAUCGUAGGGACUAACUCAGGAAUAUUGUUCAUCAGGCCAGAGGCGUUCACCGCGGCGGUCAAACAUCAGAGGCGACUCGAUGGCCAAGAUGGCGGCUGCCCUGUCAGCCAUCGCCCCAUCCAGGUGACGUGUGGUCAAAAGCAUUUGCUUCAUGAAGUCACACACAGAUAAUUGCUUUAUUUGUUUAUUUUUUUUGUUGGUCUCAGUUGAACUUGCACACGUCUUUGUAUUGUUUCCGAUGUUUGCGGGAGUAGAGAGCGUGUCACCUUCAGGUACUAAGGAGAAGUAAGAGGAGAUUUUAGGUACCUCAGCCUCUCGGCAUAUGAAGAAUGUGUCGGCUUCGUCUUGUUUUUGGGGGGGUCAUUGUGUGAGUGGCUUAUAGCCUGAGCGUGUUCUAAGUGAUGCUCUGUAUUGACUGGAAGCUGUCUCUGCGCUGUCUCGCCAUCCUCUAAUUCUUCUCUUUUUGUUCCUAGUUGCCUUGAGAAAUUCUAGAAUGAUGGGUAACAAAUGGGGACGUUCUUAGUCCUCAGUACUGUACCAAUGUUUUAUUGACGUUGAUUCAAGGACGCUGUUCCAUUCAGUCUUUGUUGAUCACAGUACACCAGUUUGUGCUUCGAUACUGUCACUCUAAAGAAAAGUGUAAAGUUGAUAGAGAUGGAAAUAAAUGGCUGUUUUAUUUCCUUUUGCAUUCCUGUACAUGCGUUUUGUUCCAAAGCUUUUGUUAACUUAUGUGAAUAAUUCUAUGAGCAGUGCCAUAUGUUCAGAGAUGUUCACCAUGUUUAGAGUAAGGCCUUGUUUUGGAAGUGACGCUCGGCAGGUAAUGAUCUGCAAAGGCAGGGCUGUGCAGUGUUAAUGUGUCCUCUUUACUGCAUCAGGCCUCAUCCUUUUUUGAGUUCAGCGCUGAAUCUUCUUUGUGGCCCGGUCUUCGGGUCAGCGCUCUGCCUCAGGGCGGCUCGGCGAGCGUCGGCCUCACACCCGCAGUCACCCUGCUGGGAACUCCACCUCUCUGCCAGAAGGGGGCGGAGUUGCUCCACGCGGCGGUGUUGCUUCUCAUCAGUCAGACAUGCAUUAACUUUUUGGUGGUUUUUAAAGCUCAUAUCAUAUUGGAAGUAUGCACAGUGCUGUUAAUAAAGUAAGCAGAAGCCCUGA